AUGUUCAAGUUUGCUACUACACGGUUGUACGGUUCUUGCACCCUGUUCAAACUGCUCUUGUCCAUCAAGGCCACUCCGGCCCAUGCUGAUCAGGCUUCCACAGCUGCCAAAGACAGACCCCCAACAACUGCCGACAACAACUCAUCUGAAGAGGAGGACGAUGAAUCCCAGGAGGGAGCGGGUUCUCUGUCCGGACCAUUCAAGAAGGUGACAAAGAAGAAGAAGAAGAAGUCGCUCAUUUCCGAUACCCUAGAGAAUCAUUUUCUCAAAGAUCUAUCCCCGGCACAACGCAAGCUGGCUGAAGCCACCGACCGCAAACUGAAGAAUGAUAUUGAUCGCCAUAAGGCAGGACCACUCUUCCUGAUGAUCCUUCCUGGAGAAAUGGAAGGCUCUUACAUCUUUGUAUGCCGCAAGAAGUACGCUGAUCGAGUCUUGGGUAAAUGGAUUCCCAAAUCUGAGAUCCAGGCGACGCGUCGUAAGUGUUUGGUAUGGUGCACCAACACACUACGCGCUAUUGAGGCCUCCGAUCAGUCCACCAAGGUGGAGGAAGCGCUGGAGUUUUUGGACGAUGUGAUUGAAGACACCACCAAUGUCUACCAAGGUCAACUCUUGAUCGAUAUGGAUAUGGCGAAUGCCAAGGAUAUUGACAAUGGUCAAACGGUCAUGGGGAUGCUGGAUGAAAUGCACGAACGCGAACAACAACUGGAGGAUGCCUUUGUGGAAAUCGAGGCUCGUGACAACGCCUUGGCGGCUAAAGACCAGGCCCUGGCUCAGCAGAAAGCCGCGACUGCGGCUCUUCAAGCCCAACUUGACGCCCUUCAACGUCAAAUAGCCCACCACUUGGCCAUCGACUCUCAACCACCUGCUCAAAACAAUGAGGUCUCUCCAGAUCGGUCCGAAUUCACUACGCCACCAAAAAAGAGGAAAAGCAAGGAUCCUUCCACGACUAAGAGGCGCGUUGACAGGUCUAAGGCUGGUCUUACGCCGCCCACUAAGUCCACUCGUACCAGCACGUCUGUUCACUUUCAGCAGCCAAAGCAGCGCUCUUGGAACACGUCUCAGGUCCAGGUGAACACAACUCAGAUGGAAGGUGAUACUACGACAGCUGUGUCCCAGGACGAGAGCCUCUCAUCUCUGACUGCGGCAUAUCCGGGAGGUGUACACCCAUUUUUUCUCCCUUCUCCAUCUAGCAAAUCCGGUACUAGCGGAUCUGCUAAGUUGCCUUCUUUGGCCGGCCGCGGAGCGCCAUGA